AUGGGAACUAGAGGAUACAAGAUAGUUCGCUAUAAGGGCAGAUACUGGGUGUAUUACAACCACUACGAUAGCUAUCCUGAGAACUUCGGUGUGAAGAUUGUCUCUAGGAUACCUGUCGACCCAGCAGAGUAUAAAGUUCUUCGGGGUCUCUCAUAUUCUCUCAAGACAAUGGCGUGGCUUGAGAAACAGCGUGCCACUUAUGAGAGUCGCACUGCGCAGCUCGAGAAACUCCUCUGCAUUACGGAAGAACGCGUGCAAACCAUCCUUGCGCCCACUAAAAACGCGUAUCCUUGGGAAUCCAUCGAUAAUGUUGAGCUACUUCCCUCCCACUGUGGCGAGGUGUCGAACGACUUGUUCAUUGAAUGGAUUUACAUCAUUGACCUUGACGAGGAGGUCUUCUCCAUAAACAACUCUAUCUUUUUUGAUCUUUGCAACAUUCCCCGGGAGCGCUGGCUGGAAGCUUUCGAGGGCACGGAAUAUUCCACCACCAUUUGUCCGGAAGCCUCGUUAUCCCCUAUUACACCCAAGUACUUCACCGAUGAUGCUGAACGCGAUCAGUAUAAGGAGGCAUACGAGGGGUACAACUCUUCUCGCCUGGACCGUAUAACUUACGUGCCCGGUAUUGAUAUACGUCGGAUAGUUGCGGUGAUGUUGCUAGAGUGCUUACUAUACCCUUCCUCCUCACAAAUGUGGGACUUUCUUCCCCAAUGGGGAUCUGGUGACUUCGCUUUCCGAGAGUUGGCAUUUGCUAUUCUCUCACUUGCAGCAGGCGAAUAUUACCUUAUUAACCUGGGUGAUUUAUCUGGUAACUACCAAAAUGUGGAAAGCUCAAGUGGCUUUCUUGUUAAUAAAUCCCCAGACGGAAAAGCAGACAUAUUCCCAAUCCUUGGCCGAGGAUGCCAUACCCCAAACAAUGAACCCGGAUCUGCUCCUUCUGAGAGUAUGUACUAUUUUCAGGACAUUCUUAUCAGUCUUGUGCCUCCCGCUACACUUGAGAAGGACACAGAUGCUGCCAUAGCGAAGGCAGUGGAAUUUGGCCUUUUGGGGGGAAAGAAAGAUUUUGAAAUUGUGGUCUUCUCAAUUAAGUCCGUCAUCAUUGUGAAGGUAUCCGUGGAAGGUGAAAUGAAAUCAGUAAAGCCCACAAAAGUUAUGCCUAUCACCCUCGGACCCAAACGUGGGGCUGCCGGGCCUUCAAGUGUAGCUUUUCCCACUGAUGGUACAGACUUACCCCAACAGACACACCCAGGGUUUGCUGCCCUUCAGGCCAUCUUCGGCACAGAGGCCGACGCCAAGCUCUCGAAUUUCAACCAAGGGAUCUUCCCAACCGAGCUAUACGCUGAAAUUCUCUCAUACACCGAUCCUCCAACCCAGCUAACCUGCACAAAAGUCUCCUCGACCUUUCAUAGCCUUUGUCAGGGGCAAUUAACAUUGAGCAACGACCUUACUAUUACCAAAUUCGAAGCCGCAAUCCAUCAACCUGAGAGCAAGCAUUUGGGUCAAACCCUAGACGUUUUCGGCAGAUUCACCUUCCAAAGUAUGAAGACUGGAAUAGCCUCCCGAUCUAGCUUUAAUCCGGGCUUCCCUAGCGAGCCUGUGAAAACCAGCUCUAGAUGGAGUGCUGUUAUUGGAGCUGGAGAGAGAAAAAGCAUCCUCUCACAAGGCUUUCUCGGAAUUACAUUCACUUGA